ACAGGCCCUAAGAAUCUUGAAACAUCGAAAAGCCAAGAACUUGAUGAGUUGGGUUUAAAGAUCACAAAUUUCACACACACGAACUAAAAAAACCAUUCAAUGGCAUCUUUCUAUAGACUCAAAAAACUCCUCAACAUCUACCAAUGCACUCAUAUUCUUCAAAGACCUUUUACAAAAUCCAAUCUUUCUACAUUAUCUUCAACACCCAUUUCCCCAAAACCCAUAAAUACCCUCCCCUCAAUUUCUCAAGAAAAUUCAAGAAUCAUUUAUAGGCUAGUUUACAUAUUCACUAAUAAUCUUGAUUCAUCAAAAACCCAAGAACUUGAUGAGUUGGGGUCAAAGAUCACGACUUCCAUUGUUGAAAAUGUACUUGGGAAGAUCAAGAAUUGGAGAAAAGCUCAUUUGUUUUUCAAUUGGGCUAAAAAUCAAGAAGGGUAUUUUCAUAAUUGUCAUACUUUUAACAUAAUGGCUGAAUGUUUAUCAGGUGUUCGACAGAUUGCCUCAAUGAGAAGUUUGGUUAAUGAUGUAGUUAAGUUUCAGUGUUGUUUUACGCCGCAUGGUUUGGGUUUCUUUAUUAGGUGUUUGGGUAGUCAGGGGUUGGUUAAUGAGGCUAAUGAGUUGUUUGAUCAUAUGAAAAGAAUGGGUCUUUGUGUUCCAAAUAGUUUUACGUAUAAUUGUUUGUUGGAUGGUAUAUCGAAAGGUGGUGAUGUUGGUUUGAUUGAGUUGAGGUUGAAGGAGAUGUGUAGUUAUGGAUGGGAGCUUGAUAAGUAUGCGUACAUGCCAGUUUUGCAGUGUUAUUGCAAUGCGCGGAAGUUUGAUAACGCGUUGGUUGUUUUUAAUGAAAUGCACAAGAAGGGAUUGGUCGAUGCGCAUGUUUUGUCGAUCUUGUUGGUUUCUUUUAGUAAGUGGGGUAAGGUGGAUAAGGCGUUUGAGUUGGUUGAGAGGAUAGGAGAUCUUAACAUUAGCUUAAAUGAGAAGGCAUGUUUUGUUUUGAUUCAUGGUUUUGUGAGGGAAGGUAGAACAGAUAAAGCGUUGCAACUGUUGGACAAAAUGAAGAAAAUGGGUUUUGUGAUGGGCAUUUCUGUUUAUGGCGUGCUAAUAGAAGAGUUGUCGAGGAAUAAGGAAAUUGAGAAAGCUAUGCAGCUGUACGAGGAUAUGAAUGUUUCAGGAAUCCGUCCUGAUAUUAAAAUACUUAGCGACCUUAUAUCUUGUGUGCGUGAUGAAAGAGACAUGAUUCGGAUAGUUGAAGGGAGGUAUGAGAACCUGGAUCGGAAAGCUAGGAUGCUGUUGUAUAAUUCUGUUCUGAAAAGACUUAUUAACAAUGUUUCAACUGAUAAAGCAUACCAACUACUUUGUGCAUCAGCGUGCCUCGACUCUGGUAGUGAUUUUAAUGAGGACAAUCUUUUUCCCGUGAAAGAACUUGCUUGUCCAAAUACCGUUUCUUUUGAACUAGUUAUUGAUGGUUUGUGUCGUGCGGAUAGGUUGGAAUUGGCUCUCAGCCUGUUUAGAGAUAUGGACCAUAUUGGUUGUAAACGCAGUGUGCUACUUUACAAUAAUUUAAUUGAUUCCUUGAGCAGGUCCGGUAGACUCAAUGAAUGUUAUGAGCUUUUUAAUGAGAUGAAACAAUCAGAAUUUCUGCCGACACAUUACACAUACAACUCAAUUUUUGGAUGCUUAUGUAGGCAAGGGGAUGAUGCAGGCGCCCUUUCUAUGGUGAAGGAGAUGCGUGUGCAUGGUCACCAACCUUGGAUAAAAUAUUACACACUGCUCAUGCAGAAACUUUGCAAAGACGGGCAAGCAGUCAAAGCUUCUAACUUUCUUGCUGACAUGGUUCAAGAAGGAUGUCUCCCUGAUGUAGUUAGUUAUUCAGCAGUCAUAAAUGGCCUUGUUAAGAUAAAACAGUUGGAUGAAGCACUGAAUCUUUUCAGAGGGAUCUGUGCUCGGGGUUAUUGCCCUGAUGUGGUUGCUUAUAACAUCAUAAUAAAUGGGCUUUGUAAGGACAAAAGGGUACUUGAAGCCCAGGAUUUUCUUGAUGAAAUGAUAGAUAAGGGACUUGCUCCGUCAGUUGUUACCUACAACUCACUGAUUGAUGGGUGGUGCAAAACUGGUGAUGUCGAUCGGGCAAUCGUAUAUCUCACUAGGAUGACUGAAAAAGAACGGGAGCCUAAUGUUAUAACUUACACCACUUUAAUAGAUGGGUUAUGCAAUGCUGGCAAACCAGAUGAUGCUAUUAGGCUUUUGGUUAAAAUGGAGACAAACGGGUGCUCUCCAAAUAGAAUAACUUUUAUGGCUCUCAUUAGUGGUCUGUGCAAGUGCGGAAAGCCAGAUGAUGCUCUGAUUUAUCUGCAUGAAAUGGAGAGGAAGGAUAUGAAACCCGAUCCAUCUAUCUACAUAGUUCUAAUAGAUGCUUUUAUAAAAAACACGAAUCCUAAUGAAGCUUGUGAUCUACUACAAAAGGUGGUUCGCGAUGAGUUUCUUCAAGACUUAAAUAGUAAGAGUCGUCCUAUUCUCAAAGAGGCAAUACUUUCCCUGUCUGUGGAUCCAAGGACUUCCUCAAAUGUAAAAAUCUUGUUGGAGGAGGGUCACCUUACAGCACUCUGCAAUUUCUCUGAAACUGGAUGACAUGAUAAGAUAUAUUUGAUGUCUUGACCUCAUCUGUUUUCAUCUAUAGUUACUUAGAAUCAAGAACCAAAGUCAGGAAUUGAGAAGCGUCAAAUUCUACGCUUUACCGGUUUCCGGUGUACUGACUAGUGUCUGCUCAUUAUUGCAUCGUCAAUGAAAAGUUCUACACCCUACAUUUGAUAUUGUGGCAACACACUGAAGGGUAUGUGUACUUGCAGCCUUUUGCUCGUUGUCUAAGCAACUCUUUCUAUUGUGACCUCAAUUUUUUUUAUUAAAUGUUUCGGGGAUGAUUAGAUUUGGUUGAAAACAGUAGGUACUUUGAAUGUUGAGGAGAAUCUGGUGUGAAACUAUAGUAAGUAGCGAAGAAGCAUGGUGGCUGUAUGUGGACCCAGUCACUAAGUACGUUAAGGCAUCUCAGUAAGUCUAUCACGUUCCCAGUUGAGGAAUAGUUGGAUAACAUUGGCAAAUAUUGCAGCAGCUAUCAACAAAUUUGGAGCGUCAUUCGCCCAAAACAUUUACUGGAAGAGAUAUUCAUCCCUCUCGCGGUGAGGCAAAAGCAUACUACAGCAGGACCUGCUUAAUACAGAGAAAGGUAUUCUACAACAACUGCGACGCCUCAGCGCCAAACAAAUUGAGUCAGCUAUAGGAAUCCUCACUAACCGUGUCACCCCUUUUAAGCUCAUCUCAGGCCACUAUUAUACAAAAAUAGGUUGACGAAGCGCAACCACAAUGAACUCGUUUCUGACAAAAGAGGGGCCUUUCAGAAGCUCUCGAAGCUAUGUUUACAGCUGAUUUAGGAGCUGUACUGGUGAUUUGGGAGUAGUUAUGCUUACUGGAGGCACAUCUGUAGAAAUUCCUCCAUCUUUUGUUGCUGGUAAAGCUGUCCUGAUGAGAUCUGGUUGACUUUCUUGUGUUAAUGGGCCAACAAAUGUUCCUUCAGGUUUAAGUUUGGGCGGUAUUGUAUUUCGGAGGAAUAAGAGAGGCUCCCUUAGCUGCAGCUUCCAAGGAUAGUGGUGAUGAAUUUCAGUCUUCAGCAUGCCUUCUAUAGUAUUUUUCCAUGAAUUCUUCACUUCUGUUACUUCAGCUCUAUCGGAGUAUGUUGCUCGUGAUGAGUGUCUCAUCCUCCAAAAAUAGUGCAUUUUUGGAGGAUCUAACACGGUGUGGCAGUUAUUUUGGAGAGUUCGUGCGUCAUAGCUAUCGGAUAGGGGGAAGGUUUGCGUAUGCUCUAUCCUCCCCUAACCCCACUUGUGGGAUUAAAACUGGGUAUGUUGGCGUUGUAUUGUACCUACUCAUUUCUGUAUUUGCUAAUGACUGCUACCUUGAUUUUUGGCAGGAAUAAAAGUUUCAGAUGAAUUCUUUAAAGAGAACUCAUUUGGUUAUAGACUUUUCUUGUUCUUUUUGUUUUCCUCUUCAAGAGAGAAAAAUACUGUUUUCCUACAUUUCUCUUCUCAUACUCUAGGACUGGACAACUUUUACGUUAUUUCGCCUCUUGGGACCACAAUAAAGAAGGGGAAGCCAACUGUUCCCUCUAAAAGGGCUCGGAUACCACCUAAACCAGUGCAAGGUAGUAUUCCCAAGGAAGCUAGCAUAGCUAUAGAGAAUCCAUCUAGUAUUUACUAAGGAAAGAUGGUGCCGGGGUCCCACUAAGGUGAAUGUUAUUGAACCCAAACGUUAAAAGUCAUGCAAGAAUUCCUUCUACGUAUCUGUU